AGGGGGCAAGGGCAGUAUGAAGGGGAGAAUCCUCAGGGCCCUCGGUGCUACGGAAUCUAAGAUGACGACGACGACGAUGAAUGGGGGCGGAACGCAAGGAAGGAAAGGGUUCGGAUGCUGCAAACGCGUGCGAGGAAAUCGUUUUAGUCUCCAAUCUGGGACCAGAGGAAAUCGCGUUCAGUGUUGGACAUAUUUUGUACGUCAGCAUGAGGAGGGUUUUUCUGCGAACAGAAUUUCUGCCUAUACGUGGAGCGUUGAGUUGAAUUGAAUUGGAUCGGCUUGGAUUGGAUUGGAUUGGGGUGGAAGUCGAAGCUUCGAAAUGCUUUGAGCGAGAAAAUUCGAAAGCAAGCGGGAACAUCGAUCGGAAUUUUGAUUGACCGAUCAUCUCCCGAGAAGUUUCGUCGAAGGGCAAAUUGUGGCGGGACGUGGUUGGCUGUCGGAGAAAAGCAUGAGGAGAAGCAACGUCGUGUACAAAGCUCUUCGAUCCGCCGCUUCGAGGCAAUCCACAUCCCUUCCGCCGUCGUGCUGCGGCUGCACCACGACCAGGCGAGGAGUUUUCGAAGAAUCCGUCGGCUCGCAGGAAGCGUUGUCGGCCUUUCGCCAGAGCUGUUUAGGAACACUUGGCGAAGUACCGCAGGGUAGACAUUUUGGUGCAGAAGAAGUUCGAAGGUGGAAUCCCUGGCCACUCUCAGCAGGUGCAGGACUGUUCCUGGGAGCAGCCACAUUCCCAUUGCUGGCUUUCAAUGAACAGGAAUCAAGUGACAUCGAUGGACAGGAUAAAGUGGAUAUGGAGAAGGUUCUUCUGCAAGUUCAGAUGGGAGUCGAUGAGAGGCUAGAAGCCUUGAAGCUGCGAUCUUCUGGCCUUCCAGCUUACAACAUAUCCGCCAAAGGUCAACAGGUGUCCAUUCGAUUUUCUGUAUCACCAUCAUGCGACAUAUCCCACCUCAUUGUGGACAUGGUCAACCGCCUUGGAGUAAAAGCAGCCGGGCGAGGGGGUGCCAGCGAGAUGAUCGUUCAAGCUUCUGAUAGUACUGUGGCGAGGCAGCUGUUCAUCACGGCAUCCGAACAUUCAACCGAAACCCAGAGCGUGCCAUUGGAUGAAUUGUCUGAUGACAAGGGUUUUCAUUCAAACAAACUAUGCAUCUUGGUGUUUGAACCUCUGAUCGGUGAUUACAAGUCCGUUGAAUUGGAGUUUUUAAAGAAAGGCUUUCUCACAGCCUCGGAGCUCGACGCGGUUAUAAGCUCAUUGCGUAUUGCCGGUGGAGUAGAUCAAGAGCUUGGCACGGAGAAAAGGAAGCCCAGAAGACGGGCAAAUGGGACAGAAGCGUCUAGUGAGUCAUCGGGAGAACUUGAUCGACAGUCAGAUCCACUUGAUGGAUGGCCUCAAAGCAGCCGAUGGAGGUAUCGAAGUGGACUUGGAGAAGCUCCGAAAGAGCGCUCAACCUCUGGACCAAAUCGACAUACUGCGAAAGGGAAGACGAAAGUGUUGGAGUCCUUGGAAUCUAUGGGUGUCAAAGUCUACGGAGUCAGCACGAAUGGUGAUAGUGCUGAUUUAGAGAGAGCUACUUGGGACAGCCUUGCGGGAUAUCAUGAACAAAAACGGGAGAUUGAGGACACUGUGUUGCUGGCCUUGAAGCGACCUGACGUUUAUGACACCAUAGCUCGUGGAACACGGCGCAAGUAUGAGUCAAAUCGUCCACGGGCCGUUCUUUUUGAAGGACCUCCUGGAACGGGCAAAACUUCAUGCGCAAGAGUUAUAGCGAACCAAGCGGGUGUACCCUUGCUAUACGUGCCUCUUGAAGUGGUCAUGUCGAAGUACUUCGGCGAAAGUGAACGACUGUUGGCAUCCAUCUUUCAUGCUGGGAAUGAACUCCCAAAUGGUGCGAUUCUGUUUUUAGAUGAGAUAGAUUCGUUGGCAACUGUGCGGGAUUCCGAAAUGCAUGAAGCCACGAGAAGAAUGCUCAGUGUUCUUUUAAGACAGAUGGACGGAUUUGAGCAGGACAGUAAGAUUGUGGUAAUCGCUGCGACCAAUCGGAAACAAGAUCUUGAUCCCGCUCUUCUCAGCCGGUUUGACUCUUCAAUCCUCUUCAGCCUCCCUGAUCUGGUGACCCGUCAAGACAUUGCAGCGCAGUAUGCUCAGCAUUUGAAUGCUACAGAAUUGGCUUCGCUAGCAGCUGUUAGUGACGGAAUGUCUGGACGCGAUCUUCACGAUAUAUGUCAACAGGCUGAAAGGAAAUGGGCUUCAAAGCUCAUUCGAGGUACAGCGGGAAGUCCCCCUUCACAAGCUCUCCCGCCCAUUCAAGAGUACAUUGAGUGCGCCGAGAAGCGUAGGCAAACGAUCUUGUUUAGGUUUCAGGAUCAAUAUUAUUUAGGCAAUUCAUUAAAACAAAAUCAAGACAAAGCCUGGUGAUUUGAUUCCGAACAGGUUUUGCAGCCCUCAUCGAGGGGAUGGACAAGGGGACAGAACGCAGAAGAUGUUCACCGACUGCUGUCGUUUGGAACGCCCCGUCCCGGGUGCCAUACUUUCAUGGAGUUUCUCAUUCAAAAUAUAAUGGCAACACUGUCUGCUCACAGAAGCCGUCUGUCUUUCGGUUGACCUUCGACAUGUCCCAU